AUGGAUCAGGUCAUGGACGGUGGACGCUUGCCCCUCGAGGCUUGGUUCUGGGAGAUGCCGACGUGCACUCGCUGGUGGACUGCCGCCACGGUCCUCACCAGUGCCCUCGUCCAGUGCCACAUGGUCACACCCUUCCAGCUCUUCUACAGCUUCCGAGCCGUGUUCAUCAAGGCCCAAUAUUGGCGGCUGAUCACGACCUUUCUCUACUUUGGUCCUUUCUCGCUUGACCUCCUAUUCCACAUAUACUUCCUGCAGCGUUACGCCCGCCUCCUCGAAGAAUCAUCAGGUCGGUCUCCUGCGCAUUUCUCGUGGCUGCUGCUCUAUGCGAUGACCUGCCUGAUCGCCUUGUCGCCUCUCGUGUCCAUGCCCUUUCUUGGUCACCCGCUGUCAUCUACCCUCGUCUACAUUUGGUCUCGACGAAAUCCGGAUACUAGACUCAGCUUCCUUGGCCUGCUUGUCUUCACCGCUCCCUACCUACCUUGGGUACUUAUGGCCUUUAGUCUCGUCAUGCAUGGGACGGUUCCCAGGGACGAGAUCAUGGGCGUCGUCAUUGGCCACGUAUGGUACUUCUUUAAUGAUGUCUAUCCACCUCUCCAUAACGGCUCCCGGCCGUUUGGUCCGCCCGCCUGGUGGCGACGACUGUUUGAGGGCUGGACCCCGCCUCCUGGUGUGGCCGACGGCGCCGACAACGACGCGUUGCCGGCGCCGGAAUACAGAGACGAGGAGCCGCCAGCCGCUCCAGCCCAAGUGCUGUAG